AUGGCCCCCAAAACGACAGACGUACUCGUCGUUGGAGCUGGUCCAGUAGGCCUUCUGACGGCUAUCGGCCUUUUCCAACAGGGCGUCGACUCAAUUGUGCUUGAAAAACGGGAACGCGAUGUCCAGGCUACUUUUGGUCGAGCUACUACUUUAUACUCAAGGUCUCUAGAGCUGCUUGAACAGCUCCAUGUAAUCAGGGACAUAGUUCAAGAAGGUUUCGUGGCGCGGACCAGCCUAAACUAUAACAACGGCCAGAGGAUCAAUGAUCGGGGUUGGGGCGUCAUGUUUGAUCAUCUCAAAACUAGUUUCCAUGACUACGCCCUGAACAUUCGUCAGCGUCAGUCCGAGGACGUCUUUCGAGCGCGCUACGAAAGUUACGGAAAGUCCGUGUGGUAUGGGUGGAAGUACGUCAGCUACGUCGUCGACAAAUCUCUCAAUGACGGCUACAAUAUCACCGCUACCCUUGAGCAUACAUCUGAAGGCCAGGUUCAAGUCCGCAGCAAAUUCCUCCUUGGAGCCGACGGCGGCUCCUCGCUUGUGCGGCAGCUGAGUGAUAUUCCUCUUGAUUCAGAAUCCACCACCUAUGAGUGGAUUCGCAUCGACGGCAAAUUGGUAACAGACAUGCCAGGUGCAGACUUGGGGUUUGCUUCCAUCGAGACGCCGCAUCACGGAAACGUCUUGUGGGUCAAGCUGGAAAGAGAUGCCCAUCGCAUCGGAUUUGCUCUCACACCCGCCCUGCUCGCAAGGUACCCUAACGGCAUCACGCAGGAUGAGGCAGUGAAGGAGGCGGUAGAGUGCAUGAGGCCAUUCAAGCUUGAUGUGGAAAGACUGGAUUGGUGGACCCAUUACAAAAUCAAGCAGAGCGUCGCACGAUCCUUACAGAAAGACACCUACGUUCUGCUCGGAGGAGAUGCAGCUCACAUCCACUCGUCCGGCUUCGCUCAGGGCAUGAACACCGGCAUCCACGAUGCCACCAACCUGGUAUGGAAGCUUGCAGGGACAAUCAAAGGAUGGUACAAGCCUUCGGUUCUCCAGACGUAUGCUUCCGAGCGACGUGCGGCGGCCAAGAAGCUUAUCCAAAUCGACACGGAGGCAUCUGCUCUCAUUUCUGGUGACAUUCCCCCUCGGUUCCAAGCUCUUGGAAGUUCUGCAGACGAGAUUUUGAAGACGGUCUGGCUUGAAAACAUAGGCUUCAACGUCGGGCUGGGCAUUACCUACACAAACUCUGUCCUCAACCAGGUCACUACUGAUUCUUCACUUGCGAGUGGCGUGCGCUGUCCCGAUGCUCUUGUCCGCAGUGCAGGAGUCAAAGUUCCGCUGCGCCUGUAUGACGCCCUUCUGGAAGAUGGCGCGACGGGUCGUUGGAGCAUUGUUGUGUUUGCAGGAAACCCAGCCCUGACACGUGACAGAUUUGCGUACUUGCACGAGCAGUUGGAAACCCUCGGUAGCCGGCAUGAGGGGAUGGUACGUCUGAUCACACUUAUACAAGGUUCGGCUGGCAGUGCCUGGCAGGUGCUCAAGGGACCACCUAUUGGUAGGUUCUACUUUGAUGGCGACGGUAGCGCCCACUCCGAGUAUGGGGUGGACCAAACUACCGGAGCCGUUGUGGUAAUUCGCCCCGACCAUAUCCUGGGAUUCGCAGCAAGUCUGGACCAAGGCUCCAAGGUGGCAGAUUACUUUGAUCAGUUCGUCAACUAG